UCAGUCGGCGUCUGGAGCUGCCUGCCUUUGCCCUCACCUUCCUGCGUGUCCCGGCGUCUUAAAACCCAAACACAAGCAAGAGGAAGCCUGCACGGCGCGCACAUGGGAGAACGCAAGAUUUUUUCUCAACCUGCACGUCGCACGAUGGCUCAUAUAUGAGGAGGACACUUUGGGAUGCGGACAUAAACACGCGUCUCCACGGAGAGAAGCGCAUGAGAAAACACAACGCUGUCCGUCCUCUCUCCGACGCCGAGAAGGACUCCUCCCCACCUCGGCUGUGACACCUCCGGUAAAUCGCCCGAGAAAGGAUAACAGUCUUUUUUCUUUACGCCGGAGACAAAAGACCGAGUCUAACAUUACCAUUCAUCUGCCAGUGACUGCCUGGCUGUAUGGCUUUAAAAAGUUGCCUGGAGAACAUGGACAUCUGACGUGCGCCACACGGCGUCAUUGGACACAUUGAGCCUCUCUCUCUUUCCCCCCCAUCACAUCUUGGACUGACUAAUCCCCUGCGCUUUGGGUUUGGAGUAAGAAGAAGUGUUCAGCAGUUGUCAUUUGCCCUGACACAGGCUACAUCCAGUAGCUCCCUGCAUAAAGGGGAACGUUACCACACCGUAGAAGACACUGCCUGUUGUGCUGCGCAUUUGUGCUGCUGCUGCUGAUCUCACUGUUUGUGCAUUAGUGGGAGAAAUAUUUUGUCAGCCCACCACGGAUUUGUCAGAGCUGACAUCCUGCAUAACAUAAAGCCUGUGAUUCAUCCGGACCCUCGACCUGCAGCAGAGAGGCAACACAGUGACGCGUCGGUUUUGUAACUUCAAAUUCCCGUCAACCUGAACAAGUGUCAUCUCAAGUGUCCCCCACGAAUGGUCACAUUCUCGCUGCUCCCCCACGCGUUUUCUAUGUUGUGCGCAUUUCUGUUUGUUUGGCAUUCACAAACUGCGCCAGCAACACGCGGCCACAUGUGAAUGAGACUCAUCACCUGUCCCGGUUGAAGCGCCCGUUACAACUCGACUGACUGACCGACACUGAAGAGGAAUACGUGCCGAAGUUUCGCUGUAGUGAUGCUGCAAAUGGAAAUGGUCCUCUUCGUCUGCCUGGUGCUGUUGAUGUGUGUAUUUAGCCAGGAGCCCAGUUCCAAAGUGGUGGCCGACCGCUACGCCGUCUUCUGGAACCGGACCAACGCCAAGUUCCAUCGUGGAGACUACCACAUCGACGUGUGCAUAAACGACUACCUGGAUGUCUACUGUCCUCACUAUGAAGACACAGUGCCUGAGGAGCGGACGGAGCGCUAUGUCCUCUACAUGGUUAACUACGACGGCUACAGCACGUGCGACCACACCGCCAAGGGCUUCAAACGCUGGGAGUGCAACAGGCCACACUCCCCGAAUGGACCGCUCAAGUUUUCAGAGAAGUUCCAGCUCUUCACUCCCUUCUCCUUGGGCUUUGAGUUCAGACCGGGCAGAGAAUACUACUACAUCUCCUCCACCAUCGCUGAGAACGGCAGGAAAACAUGCCUGAAGCUCAAAGUUUUCGUCCGACCAUCAAACAGCUGUGUGAAAACUAUAGGCGUACAUGACCGCGUUUUUGACGUAAACGACAAAGUAGACAAUACAUUAGAACCACGAGACGAUACCAGCCACGAACCGGCUGAGCCUUCCCGAAGUGACGAAACGAAUGCUGCGCCGCACCUGCAGAAAACAUGUCCACUCCUGGCUUUGUUGCUGGUUUGCCUAUCAGCACUCAUCACUUUAUAGCGCCUCCCUCUGUCCCGGAGGGCAUUUUACACCUAGCGUGGCCUGAAUCUGCCCGAGGCUGCAGGGAAGGGGGUGGGAUUUGGGUGGAGCGUGUUUGCUUGAAUUGGGCAUCAGCGCAGGCUUCUCAAGGAACCCUCUAUUUUUUUCAGAAAUAUAUUUAAGUGGUCUUUCUCCGUCUGUGAGUGAAAAAAGUUGAUGUUGGAAGUGGGAGAGACAGUUCCCCCUCUCAAACCUUCAACUAAGAUGCCAAAUCCCGUUUUUUGACACUUAGUGAUUCUUAUUUUCCGGUGACUUUUGACAUCCCUUUACAUCAUGUUUAUGUCAUUGCAGCACUGAUGUUUACACACACACACACACACACACACACACACACACACACACACACAUAUAUACAUACAUACAUACGCAGCACAUACACACAGAUACAUGCUUAGAGAGUCAAAUGCAAUACACUACACUAACAGUCGAUAGUAAUAGGGUUUUAGAGUUGUAUACAGUAGCGGCAGUACACAGUAGGAAAGUGAAGAUUCUAGGCCUUAGAAAAAACUGUACAUACACAAAUAAAUAGUUCUCCCGAGACCUCUCAAAAAAGCCUUUCAGGAAAUACUUUGAAGUUCUGCGGGGUCAUACAGCAAGAAGCAGAUUUUGCACCUCCAUUGAAGUACAAAGCUGAAAGAUGCAGGAAAAGAGGUCAGACUGGAAAACCACAGCACUGAGAUAUCUGUACAUGGCAUGCACCUUAGCCCGCUGACCUUCAGACUGUCAUAGAUAGCGCCCAAUUUUCUCUUGAAUACAAAGUGUGUGCAUAGGUGAAUAAGCAGCUUAGAGGUAGAGCUAGUGAAACCUGUGGAAACCACGAGGAGACUUUCUUUUGCCCUCCUCUGUGUAGAGCAUUGCCAGCUCUGCUCAAUAAAACAACACAUUUGGUUCAGCGUGACUCUCAGAACGGCUAAAUUGAAACUUUCUCACCAGACACUUUGUAGACUGCUAUUAAGAUCAAGGAUCGAUAUCUUUUGAGAGUUGAUCACACAAUUUCACGGCAACAGUCACAGUCAUUUUAUGCAAUGUUUACUGAGCAGGGCCACGAUUGUUCUCCCUGUUCCAUUUGAGUAUUAGUCAAUAUUAACACUCCUAUAAACAUUUGCAUCCACAGCUUUUUUUUUUCCCUCUGAUAUCGACUGUUAAAGUGAUUGUUUAAAAAAUGACUCACAGUUACAUUGGAGACUAUAAUUUUUUACUUUGCAAAUGGCGUCUCCAAACAUUGUCUUCAACAGUACAGACACUGUAGACUUGGUAUUUUUGUGCCGUCUGAAAUCCACUUAGAUAGAACAAUAACAGAUGUCACGGGAAAGUGUUUGAACAGACACUUCAAUUUGCAAUACCGUUCCUUCUCUUGAUGUCACUUAAACUGCAGCUUUCACUCAUCAAAUAUUAGUUAGCUGGUUAUCACACUCAGUUUACUGCCGCAGUUAGUGCGGCGUUUACAGGACUGAUGCAUCGCUCCAAUUAGUUGAGAACACAUAGUGUGAAUAAAGAAACCAUCCAUUUGAUUCAAGGCAAUGCACAGCUCUAUUUAGUCUUGCCAGGUUUAUGUUAGCACUUAAAUGAAAAGGAAUCCACUGUGUUAUAAUGAUAUUCAGCGUCCUUCAGCUCCCACAGAUGCACAUGGUGAGUUAGCAUAAUGGAAGCUAUUAUGUCCUUUUCUUCAAAUGGAGGGGACUUGUUUCUUUUGCUUUCAAAGAAAUAUGGACAGAUAGAGAAAUUAACUCCUUCCUUUUAGGAGCUGAGUCUUUGUAUGAGAAAUCGGACGCCAAUUGGUUUUUGGAGAGAUAUCUACAAAGAGAGAAAUAGAGCAAGAAAAGGAGCACAGGAGUAAUUGCGUGUCCACCUUCAGCUCCUAGUGUUACAGGUUUAAGUGACUCUUUAAUGAGGUUCAAAAUGACAGGCAUGUGGACCCCAUGUUGUGGCAAGGGGAGUUAUUCCUGGUAUUAAAAAUAGAUGGUGGAAGGCUUGGGGGGUCUCGGGAGGGGGGUGUAGAUUUCCACCGUGGGGGAGUUUAAAGCACCAAUGACCUUGCAGUUUGAGUGAAUUGGUUAGUGAAGGAGAUGCAGAGAAUUAAAGGGAGAGGACGCACACACAGCGAGAGAUAGAAAGACAUGGGAGGUAACCGAAGGUAGUGUGACUAGAGUGCCUAACUAAACAAAACAAGACAAAACAACUAACAAUCCAUGCAACACUACUGAAAGCAACACCUGAUUCAAUGACAAACCUAUUGUUCAGUAUCAUUCUGUCUCAAAAAGGCGUGCACUGUUUUGUUUUUGCUUUCUUUUUUUUGUUUUUAUGGCUGCCUUUUUUCCUGUGUUUUUUCUUUUCCCCAGAAAGACUGCCUUUGCCUUUUGCCAUUUGUUCUUUUGCGCUACGGUAACAAUGCUAUUACAGCGGAAUAGCAGCUCAGCUAUGGGGGGUAAUAGGAGAUGAGGCCAUUUAAUGAGGUACUAAUUUUCAGGAGAACACCACAGGGAAUGAGCACCGCAUAAGAUUCAAAAUGGACGCCUGUCAGCAGAUUAACACUAGACUUUUAUCAAAAACCAGCUUCAAUUGUACUCUCUUAUAAUUACCAAUACUACUAUUUGUCAUUAUUGCUAUUAUUACCAUGGUUUAUUCUGUACACACCUUAACCUGGGAAAUGAGGAUCAACUUAUAAACUGGAUACUGUGUAUCCUGAGGUAGUCAACCAUAAAACAAGUAGUGUUAGGUUAGUAUCUGUUUUGUACCUUUCUGGAGGACAAAAGAAAAAAAUUAGAUCAUUGUUAAAACUGUAUAAUUAUUAUUAUUGUUAUGAUGAUGAUGAUUAUGACUAUUAUUAUUAGGAAAACUUCUUGAUGUAAAUAGUGUUUGAUAUUAAAGUAUUAAUUUGGUUCUUAUGUCUUUUCUAAAAAAUGAAUACGGUAUUAUCUCUGGGUUUUGCGGAGUGUGUACUGUCCUCAAACAAUGCAUUGUGUGCUUUGAUCCUCAAUGCCUAAUGAAACUUUGAGCUAAUAUGAAGGGGAAACCUGUGGGAGCUGUACACCAGUGUACAGAAGGCUGAACAUUAGCCAAACGAGUGGCUCACCUGUUACAUGUUUCAACCAGUCACCAACCUUCACAUCUCUUCAUAAGGAUCCUGCCUUGGAAAGAAACACUUGGGACUUAACGGACGGCUUAUUUGUACUUUUUUGCCUUCAGUGUUUGAAAGCAUGUUGGUCAGCUCAAAGAUCUGCCAUGAGUGGACUGUUUGCUUUUUAAUGGAAGGAUCUUGCCAGUUUCAUUAUGUGGCAUGCGCAUGAACUUGAUGACAUGUAAAAACAAACGAAAAAAAAUAUCGAAAAAAGUUUUAAAAAGAAAGUUUUUCUUUUGCUCUUAUUUUCUUUUCCUUUAAGACGUGUUAGAUUUUCAGAUCACUUUCAUGUUGUGUGUUUUUUGCAUCCCCAUUCGAGUGAUGUCAUUAAAGCUGUGUAGUGACAGAUGACAAAUGUACAUAACACAAACCAUUGUUGUGAAGUUACAGUGGGGGUCGGUCAUUUUGUAGUUCAAAAGCAACUUUUUUUUUUUUUUCCUCCUAAGAAUGACUCUUUCUGUACCCAUCUACUGAAUUCAUCCCAUGUAGUUGCAGUCUGUCUCUUCUGACUAUUCAUCCUCUUUCUGCUCUCCCAAGAGGAGGCGUUUUUGGGAGUGUAUACAUCAGUGUGUGGACGUUUUUCAGUGUGGAAAAAAAAUGUGUGAGACCUUUGAGUUUGUGUGUGUGCGUGUCUCAUUUGCUGUUGCCGCAGUGAAUGGGAAGCGGCAACCCUCUUUGGCAACGAAGAGUGUUUCCCAUGCCUUAGCCCUUCAGCCUCUGCCCUGGCAGCCCUGUCUGUGUACAAGAAGCUUUCUGCCAUUGUGCUUUUACACGGAACGGCUGCUGGCGUCGAAGAGACUACAACAGGGCCCUUCACUUUCUCUCCCUUUUUAACAACCCUGAAUCGCUUCUCCCUACGGUAGACGUUGGUCCUGGGCACAGUUCAAGGAUUAGUGCACCCCCUUCCACCGAAAUCCUGAACUGGAUUGUUUGCGGGGUAAAGCCUAUCAUCGAUCCAGGUUCUGUGCGUACAGGGCAAAGCCUCUCUUUUCUCCGGCUCAUCUCUUGCUGAUGGGCCACUUGUUCAUUUUGUGCACCUGUCCUGUCCCAUUCUUCUUGUGCUUGUAUAACCUCCACCACACCACCUGCUGUCCUUCUUCCCUCACCUUUGAACCCCUGCUCCCACUUUGCCAUCAGUGGGGAAUAUUUCCAACCUGCUCUUUUACAGUAUAUAAACAACAACAAAAAAAUUUGACAAAAAAUUAUCUGUAUUUGUAUAUACACGUGUCUGAGCAACUAUGAGUAAUACAAUAAAAUGGAAAUACAUUG